CAUGGAGAUCGUCUACGUGUACCUGAAGAAGCGCAGCGAGUUUGGGAAGCAAUGCAACUUCUCAGAUCGCCAGGCUGAGCUGAACAUCGACAUCUCACCCAACCCGGAGCUGUCCGCACUGUAUGUGGAGCGGAACCCAGUGGACACAGGCAUCCAGUGCUCCGCCAGCAUGUCAGAACACGAGGCCAACACUGAGCGGUUCGAGAUGGAGAGCUGUGGCGUUAAUCAUGUCGAGGGGGGCUGGCCCAAGGAUGUGAACCCCCAGGAGCUGGAGCAGACCAUCCGCUUCCGGAAGAAAGUGGAGAAGGACGAGAACUACAUCAACGCCGUCAUGCAGCUGGGUUCGAUCAUGGAGCACUGCAUCAAGCAGAACAACGCCAUCGACAUCUACGAGGAAUACUUCGAUGACGAGGAGGCCGUGGAGGUGACUGAAGAGGCCCCUUCAGCCAAGACCAUCAAUGUCUUCAGGGACCCUCAGGAGAUCAAGCGGACAGCUACACACCUCUCCUGGCACCCCGAUGGCAACAGGAAGCUGGCAGUAGCCUAUUCCUGCUUGAAGUUCCAGCGCGCGCCCAUGAGCAUGAACUAUGACUCCUACAUCUGGGACCUGGAAAACCCCAACCGACCUGAGAUUACCCUGAAGCCGUCAUCUCCUCUCGUCACCCUGGAGUACAACCCCAAGGAUUCCCACGUGCUCCUAGGGGGCUGCUACAAUGGGCAGAUAGAUAAGAAACCGUGCCUCCUUCACCGUCACGUCAUGUGGUGGGACAUCCGCAAGAUCAGCGAGCCCACCGAAGUUGUCAUUAUGGACAUCUCCAGAAAAGAGCAGCUGGAGAACGCCCUGGGCGCCAUCUCCUUGGAGUUCGAGUCUACCUUGCCAACCAAGUUCAUGGUGGGCACCGAACAGGGCAUCGUCAUCUCCUGCAACCGCAAGGCCAAGACGCCAGCUGAGAAGAUCGUUUGCACCUUUUAUGGCCACCAUGGCCCCAUCUAUGCCCUCCAGAGAAACCCCUUCUACCCAAAGAACUUUCUGACUGUUGGCGACUGGACAGCCCGCAUCUGGUCUGAGGACAGUCGGGAGUCAUCGAUCAUGUGGACCAAGUACCACAUGGCUUACCUCUCCGAUGGAGCCUGGAGUCCUGUGAGACCCGCUGUUUUCUUCACCACCAAGAUGGAUGGGACCCUGGACAUCUGGGACUUGGUGUUCAAGCAGUGUGACCCUGCCCUCAGCCUAAAGGUGUGUGAUGACCCGCUCUUCUGCCUCCGGGUUCAGGACAACGGAUGUCUCAUUGCCUGUGGCUCCGAGCUGGGGACGACCACUCUGCUGGAAGUCUCCAGCAGUCUCUCCACUCUGCAGAGGAAUGAGAAGAACAUAGCUUCUUCUAUAUUUGAACGUGAGACCCGGCGGGAAAAGAUCCUGGAGGCCAGGCACCGUGAGAUGCGGCUGAAGGAGAAAGGCAAGACAGAGGGCAAAGAGGAUGACCAGAAGGAGGAGGAGGCAGCCCUGGACCUCGACGAGCUAGUCAGCAAAGCAGAGGAGGAGUUCUUCGAAGUCAUCUUCUCAGAGCUGAAGAGGAAGGAGGCAGAGGCCUUGAAGAAGAAACCGAAGCCUAGGAAAAAAUCAAGCAUGGAGGUGGAAGGCAGUGAGGAGGUGGAGGAGUACAUUGGCGAGGAGGAAGAAGCGGGUGGCAUAAUAGGUGUAAAUGCAGUUGAAGACAUGAGUGAAGAAGUGGUUGAAGAGCGAGAGAAUGAACCCACCUAGGGCAGCCUCUGCCCACGGCACUGUCCCUUCGCGCUCGCGGCUUGGUCUUCCACUGGAUACCGUCUCAUCCGAAAAGCAAAAAGUUGAGUUUCCCUCUUCAAUAAUUAUUGGUGGGGACAGAUCAGGGACAAGUCAC